UUGAAGCUGUGAUCUAAGAAACACCAAUAUCUCUGCCGUCGCAGAGGCGAAGUUCCUGGAACUUCUUAUAAGAAAUCGCUCCAUGUAAUACUUCUCUCAAUGUAAUACAUGCAUUUCUUAUAUCACUGACUCCCUUCCACACAGACAGCAAUACACUGACAGCAAUACACUAUGACUUCAAUAAAUUCUAAUUCUAUAUCAUUGACUCCUUUCCACACAGACAGCAAUACACAAUGACAUCACACAAUUCUAAUUCUAAAUUCUUGAUGAUUCCUACCAGUCAGUGGUUGCCACCACCUGCAUAUCAACCUGGAAUUCAGGGUGGAACUUUACCACGGGCAUCCUCCGAUUUGCUUGUUGUCCAGAAAAGUUGAAACACAGCCCAGCCAGGAGAAGCCAAAUUGUCGUGGAAAUUAGGCAACACUUGCAGACUCGUCCUCUUAAGGAAGGGUUUGGACCUCUGAGUGUAGUGGUGGGGAACCAAAAAAAGCCAGAACUCCAUAUUGGUUUGUACAAGAUAUACACGUUCUCAUCACUGCCGCUAUAACAGACUCCUCAACCAAAUGGUUUUUGUGACAGAUCGGAGGAUUUUACACACCUGGGGAUCAGUACUAAAAAGACAGAAUGGAGAUUAAAGUGUCUGUUGAUGGACUCCAGCGCAUUGUUUGUGGUGUAACUGAAAUGACGACGUGUCAAGAAGUAGUCAUCGCUUUAGCCCAAGCUCUGGGUCGUACAGGUCGCUACACUCUGCGAGAGAAUUUCAAAGGCUACGGGCGCAACGUGACCCCUGACGAGCUGCUCCUGGAGUCCCUGGGGAAGUAUGGCCAACAAGCCAGGGAAGUUCAGCUCACCCUGCACUAUCUAGGGCCCUCUCUGGUGGAUUGGCCAAACAAGCCACAUGUUCAGUUAAGACGAGUCGAGGGAGGAGAAAAACUCCGCAGGAGUAGUGCCGGAGCCAUCCUCCACCGGCAGAGCCUCCCUCCACUCUCCCAUCUCCACCCCAAAACUCCCCCUGAAGAACUUAAGAGGCCCAAGAGGAAGUCAUUAACGCUGAUGGAGGAAGCAUGGGGUUGGCUGGAGAAUCUGGGUAAGGGAAGGAAACAGCAAUUAACACGAGAUAAGGGGGGAAAUGAAGAGAAGGAUGGACGAAAACGACUACUGGAUAACAUGGGAGUCAAGCCAGAUAAACUAGCCCAGGCCUCUAGGGUAAUACAAGGAAAAGAUAAAAAUAGAACAGAAAACAAGAAAUGGAAGCAUAGAGAAAAGAAUGAUGGAAUAGAGUUAUGUGAAAGUAUAACAGAACAUAAAACGCAAAGAAAUGAAGUAUGUGUCACUAAAACCGGGGUUACAGUAUAUGAGGAAGCCUCUGACCCAAGAGACAACCUGAAAAAGUUAAUCAUCGAACAACAGGCUAGUCUGAGAUCACUCAAGCUCAAAAUAGAGACCACUGAUGAGCAGAUUUUUAAACUUGAAAUGCGACAAGCAGAAUCGAUGUCUAAUGAGGAAGAACAGCUCAAGUUUUGGCUCAAUGAGCUGAAGGCAGAAGAGGGCUACGAGAAAGUCCUGCAGAUGCAAUUCCUGGAUUUGAAGGAGAAAGUCAGAGAGUGCAAAAAUAGUUUAGAGGAGUAUAAAAUCAAGCUGCAGAGGAUGGACCUUGCAAACACGAGGCGGUCUCAGUGCCAGACUGAUGAUAAUGAUGACGAUCUCUCGGUUAGAAUGGAGUUGGAUCGUACUUCAGGAUGUCUGGAAUCAGUGACUGAAGAGAAAAUAACCACUGAUGUCCCAGAGGGAGACAGUAAGGAGAAGAUGGUAAUCACUAGAGUGGAAUCAAAACUCCCUUACAUCUUAGUUACAGCGAAUGAGAUAACAGAACCCCAGCUAAGCAGCCCAUCAGAGCUCAGGGAAUGGUGGUUUCGUUGGACUGAAGCUCAGAAAACGGCCUCAGGUUCUACACCGGAAGUUGUGCACCGCACCAAAAUAAUAAUUCACGGCCGAAGCACAAGGGUUUAGCAUUGACAUUAUAUAUUACAUAACCUUUAUGUAAAAUCUCUGUAUUAAAGUAUUGACUGACUGUCAAGUAUUUAAGCAUUGCAUUAAAGAAACUUGC